GGACCAGCGAUACCGCUUCCGUUUAUGUUUAAUGAUGGUUCUGUUUAUCAAAACCUCCUUUCUCAAAUUGGAACUCGUUAAAACUUUUUAAUACGAAAAGUAUCUAUCGAAAAUUAAAAGUGCAUUUGUUUAUUUUAGUUCGGCAGUGCAUCGCUUUUCCUUGUUAAAAACAUAAAAAAAUCAAUAGUAAAAUCAGUAAAAUGCCAAGCAAAAAAGGAGGCACGCUCCGAAAAUAUAAGCAUCAGGAUAUGCUAAAUGCUGUUGCCGCCGUUGACCAGGGUCUGAGUCUCUAUAUGGCUGCUAAAACGUUCAAAGUUCCAAGAAGUACUCUGACAGGAUACUACGAAAAUAGGAACCGAUCGAGCCGAAGCGGUCAUAAGCUUACGUUUACAAACGAGGAAGAAAAAUCGUUGGUGGCCUUCGUACGAGAUUUACGAGGUCGGGGCAUGCUGAUGCGGCGAUCCGAUUUGGCAGGCGCCGCUCGUUGGAUUCUAGAAACGUAUCCCGUUAAUGGGGUUUUUCGCCAAAAUACGCUUCGAUCUAGUUGGCGUACGAAAUUUACGGCACGCCAUCCGGAAAUAAACCAUUUCCUUUAUGUGGAAGCAUUACAAAAAACCGCAGACAUCCCGGCUUCUCAGUGCUUUGAGAAAGUCUACCAAAACAUCAAUAUUCUAGAAGUGUUCGACUGUCCCGAACGCGUUUUCCGAUAUAGCGAGGUAUGUUUCAGUUCUAGUAAAUCACUGUUGAAGUACUUUGAAAAUGACCCGGAUAAAGGCCCUGAUAUGAUAACUACUGGCCUUAUUUCUUCAGCCAAAGGAGAGCUCACGUUCCCCAUGAUGGUGUUCCCUAGCAAAAAGCCAAUUUCUAUGAAGCUUGCCAAUACUGUUCCACCUUUCUAUGGUUGUUCCACGAGCCCAACUGGGUUGAUGUCUAAGGAAUGCUUUUAUCUGUUUGUGACCAGGGUGUUUUACAAAUACCUUAGACUUCGUAAUAUAAGUCUUCCGGUGAUACUAUUCAUUGAUGGUACAACGCAUAAUAUCACAUAUGAUCUGUGGCAAGCCUGUAGCAAACUAGACAUUUUUAUAUUGGCUAGCCACCCACCGGACAGUAUCAACGGUAAAAAACCAACCACGUCUGUUACGCCCCUGGUUCACUUUGUGUUGGACGAACUUGGUGUGGCACUGCGAAGCUGGAAAGAACUGAAUCCCGGGUCAACUAUCUCUGAUUUCAACUUUACGGAACUUUUCCGAAUGGCCACUAAAAAUGGCCCCACCAUGGCUGUGAUGCAAGAAGACUGGGAUCAAUUCGUCUUCUAUAAAUGGAUCUUGAAGAGAAGAAAUGUCGUCGGUGAAAUCGAGUUUGUCAGCACGGUUCCCAUUAUAACUCCUGUUAAAACUGAACUUUUUGAUCGUUCUACCUCCGAAGAACGAGAAGAAGAUUCAGAAUAGUCGAUCUUGAUUUUUUCUUUCAAAUAGAAAUGAAUGAAAUGCCUA